CUAACACCGAUCCAUAAUGGAGAGUUUCUCGCCGGAUCUACUAUGGAUGGUCGUCAUCGGCUUCCUGAUCGCCUUCGUCCUGGCCUUCGGCAUCGGCGCCAACGAUGUGGCCAACUCCUUUGGCACUAGUGUUGGCUCAGGAGUCCUUACCAUUCGACAGGCCUGCGUCUUGGCCACCGUUUGCGAGAUAUCCGGUGCCGUUUUAAUUGGCUACAAAGUUUCGGACACCAUGCGCAAGGGCAUCCUGGAGGUUGGCCUGUACGAGGGCUCGGAGGAGGUCCUGAUGCUGGGCUGCGUGGCUGCCUUGGCUAGCAGCGCUGUAUGGCUUUUGGUUGCCACCUUCAUGAAGCUGCCCAUCUCGGGCACCCACAGCAUCGUUGGCUCCACCAUUGGCUUCUCUUUGGUGGCCCGGGGUGUUCAGGGACUUAAGUGGUCCACCCUGGGCACCAUCGUUGGCUCGUGGUUCAUCUCGCCGGUGCUGAGCGGUAUUGUGAGCAUCCUCCUCUUCCUGGCCAUCCGCCGGUUCAUCCUUCGCGCCCAAGAGCCGCUCAAGGCCGGGUUCCGUUCGCUGCCCAUCUUCUAUGGCGCCACCUUCUUCAUCAACGUGAUCAGCGUAGUGCUGGACGGACCGAAGUUGCUCUACAUGGACAACAUCCCCGCUUGGAUAGCGCUCAGCGCCAGCCUGGGCCUCUCGCUCCUGGUGGCGAUGCUCACCCAGAUGGUGGUGGUGCCCCUGCAACGUCGCAAAAUAGCCAAGCGCCUGCGUGCCGAGAAUCCAGUCAAGUUCAACUUUGAGGACUCAGUGGAAUCCUCUCCGUCGGGAAGCCCCAAGAAGCAGCGGCGUCCUCUGUCGCUGGUCAGCGAGGGCAAACCCCUGCCCGCCAUCGCCGAGAUCACCGAGCUGGUCUCCUUGAGCGACAACUCGCCCAGGACCUUCAAGCUGGCCCCCUUCGGGCUGGCGGCCAAGAACAACAACGCCCCCGGCGAGGAGUACAAGAUCGAUCCGCAGCUGAUCAAGAAGGCCGAGGAUCUGCUCGGCAAGGCCAGCCUGGACAACACCGACCUGACCAUCACCAGUCUGAACUUCAUCGACGAGCAGCAGCAGCAGCAGAACCAGCAACAGCAAAACGGGCGCAAGCUGCAGGAGUGUUUCAAGCGAGUCCAGUCGCCCAAGGAGGAGCCAAAGAACAAACCCCAUGCCAGUGGAUCGGAUUCGGGAGCCGGAAAGGAAACGGGAGCCACUGCCAAAGCCACCAACAACAACCUGCAGGUGGUGGAGAGCGGCGGCAGUCUGGAUUUGAUGAUCAGCUCCACGUUGUCGCCCAACUCCAGCAAGGUGCCGCUGAUUGAGAGCAAAGAGGCGCUGAACGAGCAGGAGGACGAGUUCAAACGGGCGGCGGCCGGAGUACGAAGGGCCAGCGGCGGCGAGGAGACUCCCGAGAUCUCCAUGCUCUUCUCCUUCCUCCAGAUCCUGACGGCCACUUUCGGCAGUUUCGCCCACGGCGGGAAUGAUGUUAGCAACGCCAUCGGUCCCCUAAUCGCCCUCUAUAUGAUCUAUCGCGAGGGCUCGGUUAUGCAGCAGGCGGAGAGUCCCAUCUAUAUCCUGAUCUAUGGUGGCAUCGGCAUCUCCGUGGGCCUCUGGCUGUGGGGCCGACGUGUUAUUGAAACCAUUGGCAAUGACCUCACCAAAAUCACCUCAUCGACUGGCUUCACUAUUGAAAUUGGAGCGGCCAUCACCGUACUGCUGGCCAGCAAAAUUGGUUUGCCCAUUUCGACUACUCACUGCAAGGUCGGUUCGGUGGUUUUCGUCGGUCAUGUCAGUGCAGCCGGACGGAAGAAGAAUCAGCCCAAAGGCCAGGAAGGAUCGGAAGUUGAGAAGGUCGCCCAGCCGAAUGAAACGCCUCUGGCUGAUGGCAGUGUCGAUUGGCACCUGUUCCGGAACAUCGCCUAUGCCUGGAUUGUGACGGUGCCGGUUACGGCUCUGCUGAGUGCCGGAAUAAUGUAUGUGCUCUGUGCGAUCGCCGUGGAUGACAUGGGCCGGGACUAGAGGCCGGAGGCUGCGAUCAGAGCGUGUCAUUCAAUUAUUAAUUGUAAUAGCAUAUAUGCUAAUAAUGUUUCGUAAUUGUACAAGUUGGAAAACACAAAAACCUAAGAUUAAAAACGCCAGAGAAGACACAAGACAACAAGUGGGAGAAUCUUAACAAAAUUACUCGCCUAACUAAAAGCAUUGUACUUAGCUCAUAGAAAGUCUCUGAUGCUAACUGAUAUUAAUAUUAUUUAAUACGUGUACGCCAAGCAUGUCGUGAUUUUAUUCAAUAUUGAUACACUGCGAUUUUUGUUCACAACCGAAUGGCAUUUGAAACCCCGUUUGUAGACCUAGUCGCCAUCCACUCGAGAUAUUUUUCAACUUAUAAUUUACACCAAUCAAUAGAACAGAGCAAAACACUUGAAUAAAAUACAAACUAUGUACAACAAAA